AAAGCUCAGCCCUGUCCUCCCCCACAAAAACAAGGCCCCAAAGCCCCGGGCACUACAGCGAUCUGGACCGGGGAGAGCGAAAGGCUGAGGGGCAGGAUCGCGGCGCCCCGUUCAAACCCCGCGCCGGCCCGGCGGGCGGCCGACGGUCAGCGGGCCCGCUCUCGGGGUGGAGAAGCGCCUCCUCCACACGCCCCCUCAGCCCGCGCCGCCCCAGGAAUCCGCCCCGGACCCCGCCGCCAUGUUGGGUCGGGAGAAGUGACUCGCACCGGCCGCCGACCCGGACCGCGGCAGGGCGGCCCGGAGCCCGCGGAGGGGACGCGGCGGGGCGCCGGCGCCGGAAGGCGGGGGGCGCGGGAACCCGGCGGGCGCGCGCGAGUUCCGAAGAGGUGAAAGCAGCAACAGUUGAACCUGUUGAAGUGGAGGAAGAGGAGAUCCCUACCUUGGGAUCCCUGGAACACUGCUGAACAAGAAGGAGACAGAUGUAAGGAGAGAGCGUCUUACAGAAGAGUCCUCCCCUAGUGGGAGAGCGAAGGGCAGAUUUGAUAAUGGGCUGCAUUAAAAGUAAAGAAAACAAAACUCCAGCCAUUAAGUAUAGAACUGAAAACCCUCCAGAACCUGUCAGUACAAGUGUCAGCCAUUAUGGAGCAGAACCUGCAGCAAAGGGGACAUCAGUUAAUUUUAGCAGUCUUUCCAUAACGCCAUUUGGAGGAUCCUCAGGGGUGACACCUUUUGGAGGAGCAUCUUCCUCAUUUUCCGUGGUGCCAAGUUCAUAUCCUGCAGUUUUAACAGGUGGUGUUACUAUAUUUGUGGCCUUAUAUGAUUAUGAAGCUAGAACUACAGAAGACCUUUCAUUUAAGAAGGGUGAAAGAUUUCAAAUUAUUAACAACACGGAAGGAGACUGGUGGGAAGCAAGAUCAAUUGCUACAGGAAGGAAUGGUUAUAUCCCUAGCAAUUAUGUAGCGCCUGCAGAUUCCAUUCAGGCAGAAGAAUGGUAUUUUGGCAAAAUGGGAAGGAAAGAUGCUGAAAGAUUACUUCUGAAUCCUGGUAAUCAACGAGGUAUUUUCUUAGUAAGAGAGAGUGAAACUACUAAAGGUGCUUAUUCCCUUUCCAUUCGUGAUUGGGAUGAAGUAAGAGGUGACAAUGUAAAACACUACAAAAUUAGAAAACUUGACAAUGGCGGAUACUAUAUCACAACCAGAGCACAAUUUGAAACUCUGCAAAAAUUAGUGAAACACUAUACAGAACAUGCUGAUGGAUUAUGUCACAAAUUAACGACUGUGUGUCCAACUGUGAAACCUCAGACUCAAGGUCUAGCAAAGGAUGCUUGGGAAAUUCCUCGAGAAUCUUUACGGCUAGAGGUUAAACUAGGACAAGGAUGUUUUGGUGAAGUAUGGAUGGGAACAUGGAAUGGGACAACAAAAGUAGCAAUCAAAACACUAAAGCCAGGUACAAUGAUGCCAGAAGCUUUUCUUCAAGAAGCUCAAAUAAUGAAAAAAUUAAGACAUGAUAAACUUGUUCCACUAUAUGCUGUUGUUUCUGAAGAGCCAAUAUACAUUGUCACUGAAUUUAUGUCAAAAGGGAGCUUAUUAGAUUUCCUUAAGGAAGGAGAUGGAAAGUAUUUGAAGCUUCCACAACUGGUCGAUAUGGCUGCUCAGAUUGCUGAUGGUAUGGCAUAUAUUGAAAGAAUGAACUAUAUUCACCGAGAUCUUCGGGCUGCUAAUAUUCUUGUAGGAGAAAAUCUUGUAUGCAAAAUAGCAGAUUUUGGGUUAGCAAGAUUAAUUGAAGACAAUGAAUACACAGCAAGACAAGGUGCAAAAUUUCCAAUCAAAUGGACAGCUCCUGAGGCUGCCCUGUAUGGUCGAUUUACAAUAAAGUCUGAUGUGUGGUCAUUUGGAAUUCUACAAACAGAACUGGUAACAAAGGGCAGAGUGCCAUAUCCAGGUAUGGUAAACCGUGAAGUGCUGGAGCAGGUGGAACGAGGAUACAGGAUGCCCUGCCCUCAGGGCUGUCCAGAAUCCCUCCAUGAUUUGAUGAAUCAGUGUUGGAAGAAGGACCCUGAUGAAAGACCAACGUUUGAAUAUAUACAGUCCUUCUUGGAAGACUACUUCACUGCUACAGAGCCACAGUACCAGCCAGGAGAAAAUUUAUAAUCCAAGUAGCCUAUUUUAUAUGCAGAAAUCUGCCAAAAUUGUAAAGAACUUGUGUAGAGUUUCUCAUGUACAGGAAUCAAGAGAAGAAAAUCUUUACUCUGCAUGUUUUUCAUGGUAAACUGGAAUUCCAGACGUGGUUGCACAAACCCACCUUUUUCCCCACAAGUGUUAAACUCUAAAGUACCAAUGAUGAAUUUUCCAACUUAUUUCAGGGUCCAAAGGAAACCGAACUAAGAUACCACUGAUAGUGUGGUGUAAUGGCAUGGUAAUGAAAAACAGCAAAGCUACUGCUCCAAAAUCAUUCUUUCUUUCAUUCCCCAAACUCAGAAUUGUUAAGAGGAAAUUAUUUCUUGUUAUAGACAAAAUUUGGGAAAUAAAAAGUUAAUAUCAUAAUAAAAUCUAAAAUUAAAGAACAUCAUAGGACCAAAUAAUUCCAUUCCAGUUUUUAAAAAUUUCUUGAAUUUAUUAUUCUCGAAAGUUUUUCUGAAGUUAAAUAGUCAGUAUGCAAUAUUAAUAUAUGCCUCCUUUUGCAUGGAAAUGGGCCAAGUUUUUCAGAAACAAAAAAGGAAUAUAAAUAGCAUCCAAAACUUGACUAAAUGUUAGACCACAACAGUGAAAUCUAAAAAUAUAAUGCACUAUGUUAAUAAUCAUAUUUAUGGAACUGGAAAGUAGAAUAAGAAAAUUGUCACUUCAGUCAUUUUAUGAAUAGUUCAAUUUAUAAUAAUGAAGGUUACUAGAAAGCAAGUUAAUCUUUUAUAAGGUUGCAUUGAUUUUUUUUAAAGAUAGUAUAUAAUUGAAAUUGUACUAUUCAUUCCAAAGGGAAUUCUUUUAAUCUUUCAUUAGCAUGAAAAGUAAGACCCAGCUUUUAAUUAAACAGUUAAAAAAAAAAAUAGACUUGGUAGUGUGAGAUGUUGCUAAUGUGUUUUUAUGGUGAUGGGAGCCACAAAUAGAAAAUACCACAAAUCCAGGGACAUGAAUGCACUUUUGUUUGUAUUGAAUAUAAACGAAUGGAGAGGAAAAUGUAUUUAAAAGAAAUAUGAGAGAAGAAAAUGUGAACAUUUUACAGGUAGAGGGAUGGAAUGGAAUGUUUAAUGUUGAUGUGAUGGAGUGACAAAAUGGCUUUGCUGGCACUCAAAGCUUCUCACUUCAUUAUUUUCUGAGACUUUAAGAGUUAUAUGGUAGGACUGCAGAAUGAAUUUUUCUUAACAUGCACACUAAAUGAGUGUUAUAUCCUCAAAAUGGUGAAGUUGAGGUUUCACACAAAUUCCAUUGAGACACAGCUUGUAUGCAAAACACUUUUAGAACUCCAGUUUCCAAUUCCAUGUUUGAUUCUACAGUCAUUUUUUAAAUAUACUUAAUGGUGAUCAUUUUUUCCCUUUUAGAAUAUAGUUAAUUGGAGAGGAAAAUUCAUUUUGAACAGGAACAGUAGUGAAAAAGGGGAACAAUUUUUGCCCAUUUCAAGGGCAAAAGUGAAACAUAAAAAUUUUUAUGACUAAUCAGAAAGAAAUUUCAAAAUAUAAAUUUGAAUAUCAGUAUUCUGGUUUAAGUCUCUAAGAAUGGAAAAACUGAAUCUGAUAAGUAUUUGGUAUUUGUGUUUUAUAAAUAUUCUUUUCUGGUCACACAUUCUUGUAUCGGGUUCUCCUGUUUUCAGGUUAUCAUUUUUAACUACCAUCACUUACCUGAUUUAAUGAUUAAAAUUCUGUGCCAUGAUUUAUGUGUUUAAAUUCCAACUAUUUUAAAAUGUGGCAAAUGAUCUGCAUGCAGGUCAGCAAUGGUUCUGGUACUAAAAAUUGUGGGGUUUUUUCUGUUUACAUACCUGCUUAGUAUUGAAUACCUCUUCCCAGAGGGUCUUCCUAAGAGAGUGACAUCAUUACUUAGUCUUAAUAUCUGUGACCUGAGAUUUUUAAAGGGCUUUAGGUAAACUACAAUAUUGUAAUUUUUCUAAACAUUUUUUUAAAAAAAGGUAACAACAUUACAUACUAAUUCUGAUUGAAAAAAAAAAAUAAAAAGCCAGGAAAGAUGGGUGGUAUUCAUUGGGUUUUAACUGAAUGGAGCAGUUCCCUAAAAUAACAGUUGUAUAGUAAGGAUAAAACACUAACUUAAUGUGUAUUCAUUUUAAGUUGUUAAUGUAUUUUUAAAUGCCAAGAAAAAUAAACAACUUUGUACAUUUGAAGAUUUUUUUUUUUUUUCAGCAGCUUUUCGUCUUCAGUGUCUUAAUGUGGAACUUAACCCUUACCAAAAAAAGUGAGUUGGCAAAAACAACCUUCUAGCACAAAUACUUUUUUUAGUGAAUAAUGGUAGCCUAAAACUUAAUAUUUUUAUAAAGUAUUGUAAUAUUAUUUCAUGGAUAAUUGAAAUAAAAAUUCUCAACGAACGCA